AGUGACAUCGCCACUGAUCAACCCAUGCAUUCACAAUUACGGUGGAUCAACCGCGAGCGAGCGCCAAAUUGCUCCUGACACCACUAAACCUGCUUCACCUUUGUUAAUUGCUGUCUGAUUGUCGGCACAGCCUGUUCCACCCCUUUCGAACAGACUCAAGAGCUUUGUAAAAUCCAAACUUCUUUUAAAAUUCAUCUUCUUUUCUGAUUCGAACUUCUUUACAAGUUAAUCAGCAGUUCACGCCGUCUCCUUCUUUACGACCGCUUUCAAUUUAAUCAGGCGAUGUACUUGUUUUGACGUCCUGAGCGGUUCUUUUUUUGAACUUCAAAAGAGGCCAUUUGCUUGUAAGGAUUGAUGAUGACCGUGUCUUGAAUCUUUUUAUUUAGUUAAAUCCAGAAGAAGGAACACAUUUUUUGCUCAAAGCAAAUUUAUUUUCAUUUCAGGUGUAGAAAGUCAUAUUCAUUUUAGUAUGAUAAUCACAAGAAAUAAAAACGGUUUCAUGUGCUGAUUCGAAAAAGUUGGAAAAUAUAUUUCAAGAACGUUGAGAAUAUCUAGUUUCCUGGAUAGAAAAAAAGAUGGUUGAAACAACAGCGACAUCGUUGAUCACAGAUACAAGUCUGGCGGAUGUGAACUUUACAAUAUACGACAUCGAGAUGACAUCGACUGUCAACGUUUCAUCAACAAGUAUGGACGUGGGCGACGAUACCGGAAUACACCUGUACGCCGAUGAACACGUGUUUAACACGAUUCUGCUAGCGGUGACCGUUACGAUGACGGCUUUCGGGUGCGUGGGAAAUGCACUGGUGAUCGGAGCCGUUCUCACGCAUCGCAAACUAAGAAACCUCGGUAACGCGUUCGUGGUCAACCUUGCGGUCGCUGAUCUCGCCGUCUCGGCGUUCAUCAAUGCGUUCGGCAUAGCCGGCGUUGUCACGACCGGAGCUUUCUUCGACAACAGACAUGUCUUGUGUCAAGUAAUCGGCGUUAUCUGUAUCAUGAGUUGUUCUUGCUCCCUUUGGAGUAUCGCUAGCAUCGGUGUCAACCGCUACAUUGCCAUCGUCCACGGGAGCAUCUACCGGGACAUCUUCAACAAGCGUACCCUACCUUUUCUUUUGAUCACACUCUGGAGCAUAUGUUUCUUCAUUGAUCUACCGAACCUGACGGGAUGGGGUGCUCACACCUUCGACCCCAAGCUCAUGCUGUGUACCUAUAACUACGCAGAAGCGUACAGCUAUACGUUCUUCUUCAUAUUAGUGGGGUUCGGGAUACCCUUGACAGCCUUGAUCUAUAGUUACGCCAGGAUCGUCAUCUAUGCUAGAGCUACCAAGGCACAGGUUGCCGCCAUCAGCAAAGCAGACAAGUCGAAGUCAUCGACUACGAACCAGGCAAUCCGUAACAACGACCUCCGGCUCCUACGCAGUGUCCUGACCAUCGUCGUCGUCUUCUUCAUCAUGUGGACACCGUACGCCGCCAUCGUCGUCUUCGAUCGCUACGCCACGUGGUCGAGGACACCGCACGUCGUCGCCGUGGUCAUGGCUCACAUGAAUAGUUGCAUCAACAGCAUCAUCUACGGAGCGACCAAUAAGAACUUCCGCCAGGCCUACGCCAGACUCCUCAUCACACUCUUCACGUGUGGGACGCGACGGGAGAUGCAGAAGAAGGACCAGCAGCAGAGGAAAAUCAUGGCGACUUCAAACACGAGCACGGCAUCCAAUAUCUAACACGAACUUGGGGGAUGUUUCACAAAACUUGUCAUCAGUGUGACGAAUGACAGUUUUUGUUAUAAGCUACUGAAA